AUGGAAAACGUCCAGACAGCGCUGGAUAAGUACAGUGAAGAAGCGGAUCAUCUUGAUCCUAACAUCUCAUCAAUAGAAGACACAAGUGAGAGAAAUAAUGCAAACACCGAAAGAACACUUGAGCUACUUGAUAGAGCGACACGUUAUCUCUUCAAGUUCUUCAAACGAAAGAAAACUUUAAAAGACGCAAAAGACAACGUUAAGAGUAGCACGAAUUUCAGUCCUCCAGCAGUAAACCUGCUACCUAUACCUAUUCCAAAAUUCAGCGAAAAACUAUGGGAGUGGGACGCCUUUUGGGAAGCGUUCAACCACUCAGUGCACUCACAAAAAAUGGACGACUUCUUGAAAAUGAACUACCUAUUAGGUUUUCUUGAAGGGAAAGCAAAAGCUUUCGUCAAUCAAUACAGAAUAACACGAGAAUCCUACCAGAUGGUUAUCACCUAUCUAAAGCAGAAGUACGCUAAUAAACAAGAUCUGCUGGAUGAAUUACUCAACAGAGUACAGACGACCAAAGCGAAGAGCGACCGCCUUGAAGAUCAGCAGACAAUGUGCGAGCACUUGUUCUCCGUAAUCAGCCAAUUAGCACACAAUGGAAAAAUUGUGGACACCACGUACCUACAAAGUCAACUUUUUACGAAAUUUACGAGAGAUAUUCAAAGACACGCACUGGAUCAAAGGAGUCGAGAGUCGGAUAAAACAUUCAAAACCGAAGAUUUUUUAAAGUCUAUCAAUGAAGGAGCUGAAGGAGCUCAAGGUACAACAACAGCUGGGCAGAAACGUCAGCAUUACAUCAAAUUAGAGAGGCACUAUAAAUAG